GGGUGAUGCUCACAUCGAGGCCACCGGCAUGAGCCACCGGCAGCAGCGCGCAGGCGAAUGAGCGGAUCAUUGCUAGCAAGUUCGCGCCAUAUUCUGGCGUAGGGAAAGGCAGCUCUAGGCCAAGCGGCGAGCAAUUCGAGCACUGGGAUGAACGAACAACAGGCGAACAAUGACGUACACUCGAACCUAUCGGGAGGAGAAAUGGAGAAGGGCAGUGCGGUGAAGGCGCUAGUAAAGCGCCUUCAUCGCACCCAUACUUAUCGUAUAGAGAUGGGCGCGAAUUGUCGAACCCCGAGGGGGGCUCCCGUUCGAGAGGGGACCCGCAUCCGACAACAUGCACACACCCAUAGCCCCCCCGCGGAAUUCCAUCCCGAGAAAUCUGGGUGCUAGUUGUCAGUUCAUGAUCAAAGGCGUGCAUCGCAGAGCAGAUGGACGAUACCCACGGCAAGAGCGCCGCCAGCAGCGGGGUGCAGGCGAAGAUCAGACUCUUCGAGCCAAAGUGUCACGGCAAGAAGAUCAAUUCCACGGAAGACGAUGUCGCCAGAAGCGUGAAGGACGUGAUGUGGUCAAACAUGGGCAGGGGAGUGGUGGAGCACCAGGAGCCCAGCACCACCUUGAGCGAUGUGCUGGAGCACAGGGGCAUUAGCAUGAGUAAGGUGCCCGCUGAAGCCACUCUGGAGGCGCAGGCAAGCACGGAAGCGCUCGUCGACAUCAAAAGCAUCACCGUCGAGCUUAGAGCCGACGUCCUCUGUUUGAAAGGAGCUGCCAUCACAAACGAGACUGUCAUUGGAUGCCGUACCACAAGCAACGUAACGGGCACGUCGCAUGCCAAGAAAGAACACGCCCACGCAAGUCCUCUUGAAUGGGUUUGGCCCACUGGAAUCGCUGUUGUCUUCGGUAGUGGCGCAAACGACGCUGAGGCGGACCAUACUCUGCAGUCGCAGUUCAUCGUCAGUGGCACUGACACCAUGGGUAGCACGAUCGUCAUUGGCAACGACACCACUGACAACGCGAAGGGCAAUGCCGAGGACAUGAAAGGGGAUAGGGCCGUUGACCGCGUGAUGGCCAAUAGCACCAUCGACAGCCCGAAGGUCCAGAUGCACGGCCUGACCAAGGCCCCCGUGAAGGCCACGUGCACACCACUUCCCGAGCAAGAUGAGUACGAUGAUGCUCUUCCUCCUCAAGGUCGGGAGGGCUAUACCGUAGAGUUCCGUACUGGAGAUUAGGUCCCCAAGCAUGAACCCAGUUUGAGCCCUAGCAACUGUCUGCAUGAUCCUUUUCCCAAAUAAACACGACGAUGCUUCGCUUCC